UCUCCUGGACCUUCCUCCCAGGCCAGAACAAUGGCGGGCCCAGGAGCCCAGCUUCCCCACAGGCCCCGGUGAGAGGAGGCCGGGGGCUGGGUACAGAGGGAGCCGCUCGGCAUGCUGAAAUAUGGAGGCGACAGAUAAGGUGGCAGCAGCACAGAGAGGCCCUCUCCCAUGGGCCCAAGGGGAAAUUUGCAGUUAUUAAGAGGAAGAUGAGAGAGAUUAAAUGGCUUUUGUACUCAUUUUCACAGACUUUUCUUUUUUUAUUAUUUGGGCUGCCUUCAUCUGAGAGAUGAAAAAAGUGGACAAUGGGAGCAUGAGAUGAGUGCAGCCAUAUAUCCACAACACAUCUGGCUUGUCUCUCAGCUCGCAUAGCAGGCUGAGUGUGGGUCCUUAUCUGCAUGGACAUCGUGGUGCUGUGGCGAGCUGCCUGGGAGUCGCAGCAAGGCGGAGUCACCUGAUUGGCUGGUCAGCAGGGCGGAAGUGCGUGUGCUCUCCCAGCUGUGCUGCUGAAAACAAAACAAGACAAGCCGCGACUGCACCAUGAUGGAUGAGCUGGUGCAGGACCUGGUGUCUGCACUGGAGCAGACCUCAGAGCAGAGUAAGCUCGGGGAGCUGUGGGAGGAAAUGGUCUUGAAUCCACUGCAGCAGCGCCGUCAGAUCCGACGACGCAGGGUCCGCAAGCGCUGCCGCGAGUCCUCCCUCUACCCGACGGAGCACAGACGUUGUUGGAUCGAGGCCUCGGAGUCCAGCUUGGACGAGGCGAGACAACACAGGGAGAACUCCUCCUCGACCAUCACGGCUUCUGUGGCCAACUGCAGUGAUUCUGACGACCUGACUUCAACCAGCCAGUGGCACUCCAUCGUGAGAGGCCCGGCCAGGACGAGGCAGCCCUCGUGGCCAGAGUCUGACUCCUUCACAGAGAAUAACCCAGGACGACCGCUCAGGAGGCGAAGGAAGGUCAAACGUAUGACUUCAGGGGUCACAGUCAGCCUGCAGCAGAAGUUAAAUGUUUCUGGUGUGGAUGGGAAACAGAGGUACAGGCCACCUAGGAUGCAGCAACUGUCAGGAUCGAAGAAGAGGUCUGGUGGUUGGAUGGGAGCAGACAGACAGACUGAGGGAACCAGGCUGAUGGGAAAGAAACGCUGGAAGAGGAAGAUGGCCAAGGAGCACAGAGAUGGUGCCGAUGAGAACAUGUCUGAGGGGGAAACCAGCAGUACAUGCAGCAGUGACCCUGGCCUUUUCACCAAUGAUGAAGGAAGACAAGGCGAUGACGAACAGAGUGACUGGUUCUUUGAAGGGGACUGUGGAGCUGGGGCAGGCGUGGCCAGCUUGUUGCCCAACUGGGACUCGGACAACCAGCUUUCCCUCGAGGAUAACCGCCCAUCGCCCACCUUCCUGCAGCCUGCACGACCCUCUCGGAGAGGGUAUCAUUCACGUCUUAAACGACUGCCUGGCUCUGCUGCCUGCUGCAUCAGGAAGGAUAGGAGGAGGAUUCCCAGCAAGGGCAACAGCAUGCCAGUGUUUGUAGAGAGACUGAGACAUUUCUCCCAAGAUCCUUACCAGAGAGACUUUUGGCUGCCUUCUGUUGGAAAACGAGACCGAAGCCAGUUGAAUCCUUUGUGCCCAUUACCCGUGUGUCCUAUUGACAUGGUGUCAGAGAGCUCCCAUCUCAGAUGUUCCUCCUCAAUCUGCAGAAACAGGCAGACUAAUGCCACCCCAGCGCUGUCGUGCACAGGAGACUUCAGGAGGAGUAGGGAAACAGACACUGUGUCCAUCACAACAUCAGAUAUUUCCCUUCACUCUCUCACAGAGACAAAAGCUAGCAACCCAUCUCAUAAGGAUCACCAGAAAGAAGAGGCACAGGGAGCCAGUAACACCUCAAGCCUAGAGGCUGUGGGGGCAGCAAGUGCAGCAGGUUCACAGCCCUAGAGUUUAUCUGUCCUCCAGGGGGACCAUGAGGACACCUGGACACCAGACAAGCGCUCAAGCUUGGAAGAACAUGACAAAAGGAAGUUUUUUGUGCCUGAGAAUGAAAAGGCUCCAACUCCUCUUGCUGUACAAACUUUGCGAAAGAGAAAAACUACAAAGCACAUCAUUACUCCUCAAAUCAGCAUGUUACGGCUAGAUCCAGUCUUUCCAGGUAGUAUAUUAAGUAUGACAAAUGUUAAUGCAAUCAAGCCUUGUUAAGCCCUCCGUCAUCUCCUCAAGAAAGACGGCAGCUUCAAGAGGCCCCUCGUUUUAAUCCAGACUCAGCGGCUCCUCUUGUUUCCACACACAGUCUCCAGGCCACCUGCCACCACACAAUCCAACAAUUACGUCCACUCUAGUAAUGUAGCGUUUGUCAGCGGGAACACUGGGAGGAUUUUUCAGGUGAGACUGGGUGGCCAGAGGUGGUGGUGGUGGUGGUGGGGUCUGCUCUGCUUUAUGGCAUUCAACAAUGGCUGUGCAGCAGCAGCACGUAGCCAGCUCUGAGACAGGAGCGCUACCACAUGCUGCCACCAGGUUCAGAGAGGCGACCACCGGUAGAGAGCCACACAAAGUACAGGCCUCCUAUUAGCAUGGAUUUGAAAAGCUACUGUUUGUACAAAGGUGCUCAUUAGCACAACACAGAGGGAAUGUAGUCGCGGUCCUCGGAGGGCCGCCUCUGUUCUCUCCAGCUUACCUUCCAUAUUCAAAUUUGCCCCCCAACGUAUUUAAGUUCAAGGCUGGCUGCAAAAUCUGUUUGAACAGCCUGUUUUUCAGCGGUGGUGGAUACGUCGCUUUUGGAGCUGUGCAGAGAGUGGAUGAGAGCCAGCAGAGAGGGGUUGGAGGAGCACUUGGAGUCAGGAGAGGAGAGUCGUACACGCUAUUUUCACCUACCCUUGGGGUAUACAUUUCCCUGGCUCCCUCAGCAUCAGAUGCAUUAAAAGAUCAAUGGCAGCAUACAGUGAGAUCAAACACAACAGUUCUCGCCAAGCUGGUAAACAAGCAGUGUUUUCAGAAAAGUGCAUUUUUAUGAAGGAGUCAAGUGAUGUACAUUCUGCUUGACACAAACCAUAUAACUGAUAACUAUUGUAGUCUUUAAAACAUGGACAAAGCUCUAAGUCCUCUCUACUGUAGAGUCUUGAAAAGAUAUUUAACAAUAAAACCAGAGCAGAAACAGCGAGAGUGAAUUUGGUUGUGAGCUAAAGUUUUUUAAAAAAUGGGGUGUAUUUAAAACCCUCCUGUCAUGAAAAGGAACAGGCAUGCACUUCCUAUAAUGAUUACAAGAUAUCUUUUUAGUGAAAUGAACUGCAUAAUCAUCAGCCGCAUAUCGCAUGUCUUUUCAGACACUUUAAAGCCUUAUUUAAGAGAAGAAUCGCAUUUAGUAGAAUGAGAUUUGCCAAUUAACGUGAGUUAUACGUCUGCAAUAAUCCGUCUGAGGUGGUUUUAUGUGAUCAUGUUGGCCGGGGAUGACAUUUAUAAAUGCUGUGUGUGCACACUCGUCUAAAUGGAUGCCUCACACAAGACAUCCUGCCACGGGAAUCAGUCAAAGUGUUGAGGCAGAGAGCACCCCCCCCCCGGCACACACACACACACACACACACACACACACACACACAUACCCCUCCACCCACCCCUCCAGCUUCUGCUGCUGCAGCUUGACCAGGGAGUCCAGCAGCAGCACUGUGGGCUCUUCCUACACUGCGAACACAUGCCUGAUUGAUAGGAACAGCACAGGUUGAGGUUCCCAAUUAGAAAAAAAAAGAAGUUGUUGAUAAAUACAUUGAUGGCUUUUUUUAAGACAUAUGCCUGUGAACACGUUGACAAGUAUUGACUGUGUAGUGUUUUAAGGAGAGCUUCUCGCUGUAGCCUUAUCUGUCAGUCUGUGUUUCGGUGCCAAGGCAUUGACAGGGGAGGAAGACGCAUCAGUUCAGAUACAGUUCCAUUAGUAGCAGGAGGGAGGUUGGGACAUCUCACCUGCCUCUCUGGUAAUUAACAGUCACCAUAAUGACACCUCAGCCAGACCGUAGAAUUUCCAGUGGCCAGGAAGUAGGGGAAUGGCUUCCGUGCAGCCAGUCAAUUGCCCUGUUACAGUUAAGGAAUCCAGCAGGCUGGUACCACUCAUAUUUCAUCCCAGGUAAAGAUUACCUGUCAGGCCCAUGGGAGAUGUAUUGAUCUGUUUUCCUUUUUCCGCCAGCAAUCACCUGACAAAGGCACCUAGGAGGCGAGUGAAUGAGUGAUGCCUGGUCUGUCUGCUCCAGCGUGGUGGCUUCUAGUGUCCACUGAUGGGUGGAGAGGUGAUGAGGAAGAGGAGAGAUAAUGCAGUCAUAAACUCUGUUUGAACCUCCUCUGUAUGCAUGCAGGGCAGCCCCCUUUGUGCCCCCCCAGGGUCACAGGUCACCAGGGACCCCCCCCCCCCCCCUUUUUGGGCUCCUUUCUUGUCAACGGCGUUUGUUCUUGCUAUGUAGUGUGUAGUGAUGACAGAAACACAUGCAAAAUAGGCUCUCUGGUUCCUGCUGACAAAUGCAUGUUGCAAGUCACCAUAGUUCAACUCACUUUGGGUUUCAAAAGUGAUCCGGUUUGAUCUGGGCACUCUCUCACAAUGAAAUCCAACCUUGUGCGGUCUCAGGGUUUCCUGCGACUGUCGGUGUGGCAGUGAUCAAUAUAUCUGACAUUAUCUCAUGUUUUCUUGGCAGCUAAAAGUAUUUAUAUAUUUGCCUUGUUCAAUGGAAUGUUAAGAGUUUAUAUUAUCCAUGAAGCCAUGCAUUUAAAGUGAUUGCACUGUGUAAAAUGUGUAGUAUUUAUGAUGUGAUGCAUAAUUAUAGGUCCAUUAAUUGAGGAUUUAGGUCUGAGGACAUUAAAUUCAUUUUCAUGAUAGAUAGUACAGUAGAUAUGUCUCUCUAAUUUUUUACCAUCAUAUUUUUUAAUUUCAUUUACAAGGAUUUAAAUAUAUCUCCCUGAUAUCAGGGCUCUUAGGCAGCUAUCCACAUUUGAUAUGUGGUACAAACAGCAUCUUAUCUCAUAGGCUGUUAUCUUCAUAUUUAAUAGCAGUGGAGGCAUGCCUAAUUGCUUUGCAAAUGAUCUAAAGAGGAUUACUCCUCCCUUAGAAAGCCUGCACGCUGUCACUAGAUGUUAGAGAGACAUUACAAUAGUAAAAUUCAAUCAAACCUGCAGUGCAGCACUUAUGCCGUAGCUGUUUUCCAUGACAGUCACUCAGUGUUAUGUCAAAAUAAUUGUCAGUAUGAGGUGGAUACUCUGCUUUUAAAUAAACGGUAUGAACAUGAUUAUGGACUAAUAUGGAUAAGAAUCUGUUUUAAACGUAAUUUGUGUAUUUUCAUAAUGAUACAACUUGAAUUUUCAAGGAUUUAAUGUCUUCAUGUCAAACAGUAGGUGAUGUUAUAUUCAUUCCUCCAUGCCAUGAGUAUUUAAAAAACAAACAAAAAAAAAAAAAACUACAGUAUCUGUUGGUUUCAAAUGCUGAAUUUGUGUGCAAUAAAUGAAUUUUGGCAGUCAUGAAAUGCA